GCGCCGCACACGUGUACGUACCCGUACCGUACAAUACGUCAGGAACGAAGUGCGAUGAACAUCCUGGCUUAAUCCUUACUAACCUCGUUGUAUAUUCAUAAAAACCGGCCCUGGGCUGGAUACCAGGUUUUGAGGUCGUUGUGCAGGUUAAGUCAUAUCGGCAACUCUUGCAGUACAUGUAGCUGUACUCCUCUGUGAAAAUGACAGCGGUGCAUUCAGUCAAGUCUCAAGUAAAAAAUAAAGGAAAACGUUGGGUAUACUUCUUGAAACAUGAUAAGAAGUCAGCGACUGCUGACGUUGCUUCCCAGAAUCAGUCUCAAAUCAAAAAUAGAAAAGCUCACCCCAAGAAACGAAUGAGAAAGGGAAAGCCAUCUGGAAACAUUAAGAAGGCAGAUAAAUCCACCCAAAGCAUUAAUAACAAAGGAAAUUUCACUUCUGCCUCUAGAAGAGAUGUUUUGACCAUGAUAGCUAGAAACAGAAAAGAGGAAAUUUCAAGCCUGGAUCGUGAUGUCAAACAUACAUCUAUUAAACAAAAACAAAAGGACAAGAAAAGGAAAAGGAAACUUAAAAUUCUCAAACGUAAAGAAAGGGAAAAGACAAUGAUUAGUAGUGAAAAUGCAUCAUGGACUGGUUAUCAAAGUGAAGUAGGCUCUGGCAGCAUGAAUGAAAAAUCAAAGAAGACAUCAAUCCCUGGACACUCAGGUGCUCCUACUAAAAAACAAUCUAGUCGGAUGACGCUUGAAGAUGAGAAUCCAAUCAUUUCAUCUCAUGAUAAUCAAGGGAUGAAUGAGAAAAAAUUGUCAAGAAAAAGGAAAACGAAAGGUGAGCAAGACACAAGUGAGACAAAAAUGAUAAGAAUGAAGAAGAAGAAGAUGCAGCAGGUGGUGAAUGAUACUGUAGAUUCUGGUAUGUCCUCUGACCAUGAUGAACCAUUCCAAUUACCAGAUGAACCUCAAGAUGUAGCUUCUAACUGGAAAGUAUUAGCUAAUAAAUUGAAGGCAUCUGCACCGAAGAGUCUAAAGAUGAAAUCUAAAAACAAGAACAAAGCUCUUGUGAAGAAGGAGAAUGAGAUAUGGUUUGAUGACGUUGAUCCAGCUCUCUUAGAGUCAGAGAAAGGUUCAUCUCAACACAAUGAAACUGCUAAUGUUACAGAUUCUCAGCAAAGUAACAAGAUUACAAAAUGUAUUGCUCUUGAUUGUGAGAUGGUUGGUGUUGGACAUGAAGGUAAAGAGAGUAUUCUAGCAAGAGUCUCUAUGGUCAAUGAAUAUGGUCAGUGCAUCUAUGACAAAUUUGUCAAACCACGUGAGAAAGUCACAGAUUUCAGGACAGAGUUCAGUGGUGUUCGUCCCAAGGAUUUAUUUAAAGGUGAUGCUGACGAGUUCAUGACUGUUCAGAAAGAGGUAGCAGAUAUCAUGAAAGACAGGAUUCUUGUUGGACAUGCUCUCAAAAAUGAUAUGAAGGUUUUAUUUUUGGGUCACCCAAGAAGAUUGAUAAGAGAUACAGCUUCCUACCCACACUUCAGGGAGCUGAUGAAGACCAAACGUCCUGCUCUGAAGAAGUUGGCAAAGACAGUACUUGGAGUGACAGUCCAGGAAGGUGAGCAUAACUCAGUAGAGGAUGCACAGACUGCAAUGAGAUUAUACACCCUUCAUAGAACAGCAUGGGAAAAAUCACUUAAACAAAGGAGAAAAGUCACCAAAAAAUGAAA